AUCAAUGUUUUCGGUAAUAACAUCAUAUUUAAAUAAAAAGCCGUGCUUUUGUGGUGUUGGUUAUCGAAGUACGGCAAGGCAAGGCAGGGUUUUUUUUUUGGUAUAUCGUCUGCUCUGAGCAUUCAUGUCACUUGGUAAACAAAGGUUCAGGAAACUAUUGUUAAUUUACGAAUUUAUAUAAUUUCAGACAGUAAAAGCGUCAAUAAAAUUUAUGUAAUUUCAAUAAAAUUAUCAUUCUAAUAUUUAUUGGCGGCUAUAUUUUCUUAUACGGAAAUAGCUAAAUGAAAAUAUAUAUAGGUAGAAUGCUAUGUAGACAUGCCGAUUAAGUUACGAUGUAUUAUUUUGUAAUAUAAAUAAGCCGUCUUUUAUCAUUACUUUGAAGAAAUUAAGUAUAGAAUCCCAAUAUGAGUUGUUCUAAUAAAGAAGCAGGCAGCAUAACCUUGCCUGAAGAUGUAUUUAGAAACCUUCAAAAGGCCAAAAGAUUUGCUAUUGAUAUAGGUGGCUCAUUAACUAAAAUUGCUUAUUAUUCCACUGUCUCAUACAAGCGAGCUUUAUAUUCUUUAGAUGAAAAUGGUGAUUCCCAAAAUCCUGAUGAUACUCAUUAUGAAGUAAUUGAAACAGAUGUGGAAGCUGCUCGAUUACAUUUUAUAAAAUUUGAAACCAAGCAUAUUGAAUCAUGUCUGAGAUUUAUUCAAAAAAAUCUAAUUGGUUCACCAGAUUUUAUGAGAGGCAAAAGUAUAAAAGCCACUGGUGGAGGAGCUUACAAAUAUACUGAUGUUCUUACAAAGACUCUAGGAUUAAUGGUAGAUAAGGAAAAUGAGAUGGAGUGCCUAAUCAAGGGCUGUAAUUUUGUGUUGAAGAAUAUUCCUGACGAAGUAUUUGAGUAUAGUCGCAAUGCUAGUCCUGAGUAUCACUUUCAUAGUGUGGAACCAAAUAUGUAUCCAUAUUUGCUUGUUAAUAUUGGCUCUGGUGUUAGCAUAAUGUUGGUUGAAUCUGAAUCGUCUUAUGAAAGGAUUGGUGGGUCAGCUAUGGGUGGAGGAACUUUUUGGGGAUUGGGAUCUCUUCUCACCAAAGCUAAGGGUUUUGAUGAACUCCUGGAGUUGGCUGAAAAAGGUGAUCACAGAGGUGUUGACAUGCUAGUGAAGGAUAUAUAUGGAGGUGAUUGUUCUGGUAUGGGUCUUCCUGGUGAUUUGAUUGCUUGCAGUUUUGGAAAAGCAAUACAUUCUUCAAAAGAUAAAGAUUUCAAUCCUGGUCAAUUUGCUGAACCUGAUAUUGCCAGGAGUUUGCUGUUUAUGAUAAGCAAUGAUAUUGGUCAAAUAGCUUGUCUUUAUGCCAUGAUGCAUAAUCUUGGAAAAGUUUAUUUUGGUGGUUAUUUCCUUAGAGCUCAUUAUCUUAGUAUGCAUACCAUAUCAUUUGCUAUUAAUUACUGGAGUAAGGGUAAAGUGCAGGCUUUAUUUCUGCGCCAUGAAGGCUAUUUAGCUGCAAUUGGAGCAUUUUUAACUGGUGCUGAGGAAUAUGAUACAGACAAAUAUUCCUGGUGUGAAAAUUAUGCUGGAAGUUCUGGACUUAGCAGUCCUCUGCCAGCUCCUCCUAUCUCAGGUAACCCUAUGAUUGAUCAACUAGAAAUCGAUUGUGCUAACUGGCAACUUGUUCAUUGCCCACUACUCAAAGAACCUGCUGAAUAUGUACCUGACACAAUCGAUUUGAAUCAAGAUGCGGAGGCUAGAGAAUAUUGGCUAACUUGCUUUGAAAAUGCUAUAGAUAAAUUUGUAGAAAGAGCUAUUCAAAGCCAAAGUCAUCAUGCUGAUGCCCAACAUAGAGCAAAAAUAUUUAAAGAAAAGUAUCUCAGUCGAUUACAACACUUAAGAACUCAUCCUUUUGCAUAUGGUUCUUUAACUGUACGAAGCUUGUUAGAUAUGCGUGAGCACUGUCUAACUGAAUUUGAUUUCCCUGAUCCAUACUUGCAGCAAAAGCGAUUGGAAAAUGAGAUGGCUCUUAAAAUGUUGAAAUCUAGAAUCGAUGACUUGAAUUCUAUGGAAUGGGAAGAAAAACAAAUUGCUCUGGUUAAAGGACUUUUAGCUGGUAACAUGUUUGAUUGGGGAGCCAAAGAAGUUGCUAAGAUGAUGGAAUCUUCAAACUUUGGAUUUUCUGAGGCCAAAACAAAAAUUCAAGAGAGACCUUGGUUAGUGGAUAAUCUAAAUGAGUGGCUGGAGCGACUUAAAGGUACUCCUCACAAAUGUGCUGCAAUAUUUGUUGAUAAUAGUGGAAUGGAUAUUGUUUUAGGUGUCCUACCUUUUGCACUAGAGCUCUUAAGAAGAAAAACAAAGGUCUUACUUUGUGCAAAUUCUAAACCAGCAUUGAAUGAUGUCACUUAUCAAGAAUUAAAAGUUUUAAUGCGCAAAGCCUCAGUUUUCAUCAGUGAAAUCAAAGAUGCACUUUCUACGUGUCAGUUAAAAAUUCUUGAUUCUGGGCAAGGGUCACCAUGCCUUGAUCUGAGCCGCUUAAACCUUGAAGUUGCUCAAGCAAUGGAAACCCAUGGAACAGACCUUGUUGUAUUUGAAGGAAUGGGUCGAGCAGUGCAUACCAACCUUAAUGCUGAAUUUAAAUGUGAAUGUAUAAAAGCUGCUGUUUUGAAAAAUCAGUGGCUAUGUCACCGCUUAGGUGGAGAAAUGUAUUCAGUCAUUUUCAAGUAUGAAAUUCCUCCAGGAAAGGCAUAACCUCAAUACUUUUUUUCAAGUAAACAACCGUCCUUUAAUCUGUAUAUGUGUGAUCUCGCAUGUGAUACUGAUGUUGUAUUUACUGUAAGUUUAUAUUUUUGUGAUAUUAGUGUUAAAUAUUGUUUUUCUCUUUUGUUUUUAAUAGUUGUUUGAGUUACCGAGUGAAUUUACAAGCAUCAAGCAAUUUUUAGCCAUAAAUCCAGUUGUAAGUGGUUUGUUUUUGCACAUACUUCCCUUCCCCACAUUGAUAAAGUUUGUGGUUGUCAUUUAGUGUAAAUAUGUUUUUUAUGCCAAUAAAAGAUGAAGUGAUUAUUUUCUAACAUAGAAAAUCAUAGCCAUGAUGGUUUUUACUGGUUGAAUAGAUUUUGUAAUAUUGUUUCUGGUAUAUGAAAAAGUAAAUACUAUUUUUCAACUGUGUUUAUGUCUGUCAUAAGAUUUUAUGUAGACUGAUUUUCUUUUUGGAAUUGUGUCUACUUUUUUAUUUGAAAGGUAUUGGGUAUUCAAAAAAUCGGCUUUCUUUUUAUAUAUAUAUUUUUUAGCAUGUUUGAAGUUCAAGAAAAUUUAAAUAAUUGUGAAUCAUUUGCUCAAGAUUUAGUUAAAUAUUUGUAAAUGAUUAUAUGAAUAUCAUGAAAUUUUUUAUCUGAAGAAUGGAAAGCAAAAACUUUUUUAAUAAAAGCUUCUGUUUUAUUUCUUUUAACUAGGUAUAUAUUAUAAAAAUAAGGUCAACAUGUAUAACAAAAAUUGCACUUAUUUUUGCAUAUAAAACUGUUUCUUUUAAGAUGAAGCUAUCUAGCUUUGUUUAUGAAAUUAUCAAGCACUAUUGUAAAUUUAAGAAAACCAACACUUCUUUUUCAUGUAAUUUCUUCAUUUAUACUAUUGAAAGAAUUGUAUGAUAAUAAUCUUUUAUUAAUUGAAUGUGAAUGUUUUGUGAAGUAUGUAGUUAAAUUGCAAAUUAAAAAUAUAUAGUACAUUUAUUAAUCACUUCUAUGUGUUAUAUUGUGCAUUUUAAAAAAUUUGCAUAACUUUUCAUUAAUAAUUGUAAUUUAUAUUUCAAUUCCAUUUGAUUUUCAAAUUAUUUUAAAUAUGUGAAGGCUACAAAUUUUUUUAAAGGAUUGUUCAUCCUACAUAUUUGAUGUGUCAAACUGUAUAGCAUUUAAUUCUUAACUCUUAGAGUAGUAGAAAUUUUUAGACACCAGUAUUGUGUAUAUACACCAAUUAUAUCAAGUCUUCCAGCCAUUCUUUGUUUUUGUUAUGUUUCAUUUACUUUAUUUUGAUUAUUUAAUGUGUUAAGCCUAGUAUAAGUAAAAAAAAAAUUAUUACAGUAUUUCUUUUUUGUAUAAAUUUUUACUAAUCCAUACUUUGUUUAUUUUACCUCACAGUUUUA